UCAGUGCGAAGUGCUAUUACAUUGGAGCCACGAGUGACGCAGCUACCAAGAUCAUCAGUGAAGUCAGCCGCCCAAUGAGCGCUCAUAUACCCGUGCCCAAAAUCUGCGAGAAGCUGAAGAAAAUAGACCUUCAGAUCUGUGAGCUCAAAUUUGAAAGAAACCUUGACUUAACCUCAGUAGACCUCUCGAAGAUGCGAGUGGCAGAGCUGAAGAAGAUCCUGGAUAGCUGGGGAGAAGUGUGCCGGGCGUGCAUUGAAAAAACAGACUUGGUGAACCUGAUUAAAGAGUUGGCCCCAAAACACACAGCUCCGAUUUCUAGAACUGACCUCUGAUGACAUCUGAAUCAAACGAAGCACAUGCCGACU